UUUUGAGAGCUGCUGCAGACAUGCGUACGGCGGCGAUUCUUCUGGUGGCGUUGGUGGCGGGGGUGGCUGCGGACCCCGGCUUCAAGGGCUUCGGCGGCUAUGGGGGAGGGGGAGGAAAGGGCAAAGGGAAGGGGGGCGGAGGUGGUGGGUUGAAAUAUGAGUACGUCUAUGUCCCCGUCCACGUUCCCGUCCACCACCACACCACCGUCAAGUAUGUAGGUGGAGGUGGAUACGGCGGUGGUGGUGGCUACGGCGGCGGUGGUGGUGGCUAUGGCGGCGGUGGUGGUGGCUAUGGCGGCGGCGGUGGUGGCUAUGGUGGUGGUGGUUUUGGCGGCGGUGGUUUUGGCGGCGGUGGACAUGGUGGAGGUGGAUACGGCGGUGGUGGAUUCGGUGGAGGUGGUCAUGGUGGUGGUGGUUAUGGCGGUGGUGGAUUCGGUGGUGGAGGCCAUGGUGGUGGAAUCAUCGGUGGAGGAGGUGGUUAUGGUGGUGGUGGUCAUGGUGGUGGUGGAUUUGGUGGUGGUGGAUUUGGUGGAGGCUACGGCAAGUAAGCAACCCGCACCAGGAUGAAGAAAGAAGAAGAGAGAAAGAAGAAGAGGAAGAGGAGGAGGAGGAAUUAGCAUUGCCUCUGCAUCCAUCUUUGUAUUUCUAUGCCUCAUCUUCCUUCUUUGUAUUCAGCUCCACCUCUGCUCCUCCUCCUCCUUCUCCUCCUCCAGAAUAACUAUGAAAGAUUAAUCCCCAGUCACUAUUUUUUUUGUUCUUUUUAAGUAUUUUUCAUUUAAACAUUUAUGUUCUUUUAUAUUUGUUUUCUCUUGCCAUGACAUAAAAGAUCCAGAUAAAAAAUAGAAUUGGAGUAAGAUCUGUUAAAUGUAUGUCCACGCACUACGAAUAAAAGUGAGAUUGGAAACA